CGGAAGUGCUUUAUUCGCACUGCCAACAUUACACUCGGUUAGUUGGCGAUCAGUGAUGGUCGAUACUGCGGAAUAGGUAACAAACUAGAUGGGUUUUCUGAGACAAAACAGUGUCGCCUGUUAAGGGAUCACAAUGCCAUUAAGCGCAGCCUGAGAUCAGAGAAGUAGACUAUGAAAACUACUCACAAAUCUGUUAAUUUAUUUGUUUAAUCGCAGACCGAUUGUUAUGAUUUAAGUUAGCCUUUGCUAAGCGCGACGUGAUUCUGUGUGAUUAAAGUUGAGCAACAGCGUUCAGAUAAUCGACCAGGUCAAUGUACCAAGAUCUCCAAACCGACUUUACAGCAGAUCAGCAGUGGGUGUUCGUGUUUAAUCGUCUGAUUUGUAAGGAUACAUGCAUCAAACUGACUAGCUAACCAGCUAAUACACCAAUCCAAGUACGUUAAGACGGAUCUGCUGGCACCAGACAUCGGUCGAUUGUACAGGAUCUGCUGUUAAACUCUAAAGUGAUUCUCAGACUGAGACAGCGGUGUAUCUUUAGCUGAAAUGGAUGACUUCAGCUCCAUCAGUCUGCUGUCUCUGGCUAUGCUAGUCGGCUGCUAUGUGGCUGGAACAAUUCCCCUGGCUGUCAACUUCUCUGAGGAAAAGCUGAAGUUGGUGACAGUGUUGGGAGCCGGGCUGUUGUGUGGCACUGCGCUGGCUGUCAUUAUUCCAGAGGGAGUUCAUGCACUCUAUGAGGAAAUACUGGAAGUCUGUGCUCCAGCUGAUGGUGUUGCUCUUGGAGCAGCUGCGUCCACGUCUCAGACCAGCGUCCAGCUCAUUGUAUUUGUGGCCAUUAUGUUGCAUAAGGCUCCUGCUGCCUUUGGACUCGUCUCUUUCCUCAUGCAUGCGGGUUUAGAAAGAAACCGUAUCCGGAAACAUCUAUUAGUCUUUGCCUUGGCUGCCCCUGUUUUGGCCAUGCUCACCUACGCAGGACUCAGUCAGAGCAGUAAAGAGGCGCUAUCUGACGUCAACGCCACCGGCGUGGCCAUGCUGUUUUCCGCCGGCACCUUCCUGUACGUAGCCACGGUGCACGUCCUCCCGGAAGUGGGCGGCAUGGGCGGCCACAGCCACUCGCCCGGAGGCAGCGCAGGGAAGGGACUGAGCAAAGUGGAGGUUGGAGCUCUGGUUCUAGGCUGUCUGAUACCUCUGGUGCUGUCCAUCGGCCACCAGCACUAGUGUUCUUCACUUGAAGCAACAUUGAAGGUCUGAAAAGUGUAAACGGGACUUUGAACAGAAUUGGCCACAGAUGUGGUUUGAAUCAUGCCUCUGUCGGUUUAUUCAAGUUGGCGGUUGGAGUGAACGCAGGAACAUUGCAGUCGGGACCAAGAUUUGAGAAGCACCUAUGGACUUCUGGAAUGGGCUGCCCUGUCCCUUCAUAAAGCCCUGUGGGCUGACGGCUUACGAUGACCAUACACAAAUAAAUGCAAUCAUGUGUCCACCUCUUAAUUUGAUGUUUUCUUCAGUGGUGCUGGUUUAAAAAGAUGCGGUUGUUGUUGGGUUGUCAUGUAUGCUUUAAAUUUGGUAUUUUAUUGGUUUUUAUAUGAAAUUUGUCCAUGAAUCUUUUAAAAGAUGAACCAACACAAUUGUGCCCAUUUACAAUGACGAUAAAUGUUUAGAUACUUUACAAACAUUAAGUGUAUUGAGUUUAUUGUCCCUCUUUUUCUACAGUAUUGAUUAGUUGUUUUAAACUUUGAUCGAAUUUCACCUUGCCUAGCUAGUUAGCUAAAACACUUUUCAUUAAGAACAUUUCCAUGUUUUCUUUGUUUUUACUCCCUUGAGAUAUAUAUAUAUAUAUUAUUAAAUGACACUUGAAAAAUGUGUUGUCCAAAGGCUUGCAGGUGGACAUUUUUCUGUUGAGUUCAUGUGCAUGUACAGCUUUAUUAUUUGACUUACCACCCAUUUUUUUUUCAAACCUGACUGGUUGUUUAAUCCUGAAAAAAGGAUCUGAUUGGUCAUUCAGAUGUUUUGUACUGUGAUGCCUGCUCCGAGCAGAGUCUGUGUACUGUAAAUAUGUAUUCUCUGUAUAAAUGACAAACAAAAAUACCCUGUUUGACACCCCGAGGAGUUUUUAGUCUCAUUUUAGAAUGGGAAAGAAAGAUUGUUUUUUUGAAAUGAAUAACUAUUGACACUUCCGUUUUUAUUUGGGACUUAUUCUUUGAGAAUUUGAGGUCAGUUGGAAAGGUAUAUGGUGGAUUUCUGCUUUGGUCAGCUGAAGGUUUUAGAUCUGCGAACGGGAAAGCUGCUGUGUUCAUCACCAAGUUACUUAACGGUUGCCUCUUGCCAACUUGGACACCAGCAACAUCCUAUGAUCCUGGUUUACAAACUGUCUUGCUCUGAAAAAUGACCGUCAUAGUCUAUUUGAAAGCUGUGUUAGUGCUUUUAGCUCUCUAGUGCCCUCAUCUUACCGUAGUGCACAAGCGCAGCAUCAACCUCAAACUGUGGAAGAAACACGGAUGAGAGACUUCAUGCUGAUUUGUGGAUAAUUAUUAUUUUAUGACACCUUUUAAAGGGAAAACUAGAUAAACAGCCUCAUUCGAAUACUACGACAUGACAGAUAUAUAAUGGAACUGAAUGGUGAUUGGAUAGAUGAAAUUUUGUGCCAUAAUGACUUAUUUCUGCUCAUACAGCUCAGAGAUUUUACAAUGUGGCGAGAUAUGAUGAAUUGAGUUUUGGGCUUUUAUGUGAUCAUUCCACAAGAGGAGUAUGCCUUAUUUUUCUCACAGUUGUUAAAAUGGUUUCACAAUUCUUUGUUCAUGAUUUGAAUAAACUUUUCUUUUUUAAUGGAUGC